AUGAAAAAGAGGAGGUCAAAGGGAAGACAGCAGAUAGUAGCAGUAGCGCCUGCUAGAAGGCGCUCCCAAGACACCAAGCUCUUCACUUUCGCCCUAUUGUCGAACCCUAAUUCGUUGAACCCCAAGCAAGGAAAGCGAAAGGAACGAGACGCAACAUCACCGGGAAAAUCAAAGGCCCCCAUCGGCAAAAGAAGCCCCUCUGUUGUCGCUGCUGUCGCUGCUGUCGCUGCUGUCGCUGCUGUCGCUGCUGUCGCUGCUGUCGCUGCUGUCGCUGCUGUUGCUGUCGCUGCUGCUGUAUUUUUUUAUCCCGGUCACGGUCCCCCUUGUGGCACAGGGCGCAGAACCCCCCCUGUUAUGGUUGGCCAAUGGGUCGAGAAGCAGCAAAAAGAACUCAUCAUCAAAAGGGGCAGUGGCGGUAGCGCCUUCAACAAUGCCCAGUUGAAUGGGGUGGUAAUCCUAGCUCAGCCAAAGGUUGGCACGAGCAGUCAUAAGCUCGUAGGGGCUAAACUGUCAUGGACAUCAUUCGCCGAAGGCAAUUGGAUGUCUCACAGUUGA